GAGUUUCAGGAAGAUAAAGGCUGCUGGGAUAUUUUGCCCCCCUGUAUUAAAACUAGCCCCAGCCAGUCAGACUGGGAACUUACUGUCUGUUUUCUAGGAUGGGUUUUACUGGUAAAACUAGAUGUGUCCUAGACUCUUAAGGGGCCUGUUUAUACUGAGUAUAUUUUGAAUGCCAGCGUUCAAGUGGGAAAAGGACAGCAGUUCCCUGAAAGAUGGCAGAUGAACUCUCCCAUGUUGGGAAGGAGACCUGCAGUGAGCAGGUGAGAAGAAGCCAUGUCUCUGGUCCAUGCUCGCAGUUCCAGAGACGUUUCAUCCAGAGAGUAUCAUUGCUGAGGAAGCUCCCCACUAGAUUUGUCCUCCCUCUGGAAAAGAAACAGAAGGUUGCUGCUCUCCCGGGGAAUGACCAAGAAGCCAUGAAGUGUCUUCCAGAGGGAGACCUAGACCAUUGUCUACUGAGUAAGAUGGACCUGAGGCAACAGCAGAUUUCUCAGACUGUGGAAGAGGUACAGAAAAUCAUCCACCUUCUGACUACAGAAAUCAGUCACCAUGACAGUCGAUUCGAAGCAGUGCCUGCCUCUGACACAUACAAUGACAGCAUUAAGGUUUUGGCCCCCAGCCUCUUCCAUGUCGCUGUCCCACUGAGAGGCCUCGCAGGGUACAAGGGGGUCCGGCCACCACGCUGGAGAUACUACAGCUUGCAAGGCACCAAGCUCUCCUGCCCUCUGCGGGACCCCGAGGGCCUGCAACAAUGGCUGGAGACUGAGACGUUCAUGAAGACCCUGUGGCAAUGGCACAAGGCAGACGUGAACAUUGAGGGGGACAUUGUGCCAGCCAAAGUCCUCCAGAUAUUCCGGAUGCUGGUGGAAAAUGCCGUGAGAACCUGUCACCUCUCAGGCAAAGUCACUGUGCUAGAAAAACGCAUUACUGUUUGGGUUGCUGUGGAAACGUCCAUGGGCCAGGUGGAACUGGAGCUGGCCCCCACUGUGGAGAUCCCCACCACCUGGCCUGAGAAAGCCCAGUGGCCUCGGUGUCUGAAGCGGUGGCCUUCCCCAGAGAGAGUGGAGUGCAUCAAGUCAUUUGGGUUUAACUUGGUGGCCCAGUCCACCUAUCACUGGCAGCUGAGCUUCUCCCAGGCAGAGCGGGUGCUGUGUGAGCAGCUGGAUGAAGAUGGAGGCUGCCGCAGGCGGUGUUUUCAGGUCCUGAGGCAGCUGAAGGAGGAUGUGUGGUGUCCAGGGAGGAGGCCGGUCAUCACCACCCACCACCUGCAGACCGUGCUCUUCUGGACUUGUGAGAAAUACCCCCACCUCAAGGAUUGGCAGGUCUUCCACCAGGCGCUCCUGCGCCUCGUCCGGAAGCUGCACAGAUGCGUGAGCCAGCACUUCCUGAAGCACUACUUUGUUCCAAAGAGCAACCUCUUUCAGUCAGCUAACCCAAGUGAGCUGGACGCUGUGGCCCAGAGAGUGGCCUUCUUCCUAAAGAACCCACAGCUCGAGCUGCCCUGAGAUGGUCCCGGGAAGCCUUGCUUCAUUUCUUCCUGCUUGACUUUGUUCUCAGGGUGGCUCCUUUGACAGCUGCCGGGAUCUGAUGCUAGAGAGAGACCGCCAAUGACAGAAUGAGUCAGCCCAGCUCACGAGAGACAAAACUGCUCCUGCCCCUGGUCCCAGAAGCAUUUCAGCUUCCCUACCUCUCCUGGGGACAGCUCUCAACCAGCUUCCCCAGUGACUGAUUUUCCUUGCUCAGGAGAUGGACUCAGGGCAGGCCAGGCUUUAGCCUGCCGUCGUGAAUUCUCCAGCUGGCUGGACCAGAACCCAUACAGUGACAGACAGCUCAUCGGUGACUGCUGUCCUUCAUGACUCUGUGCUUCAGCUCCAAGCAGAGGCCAGUGGUCCAGGCUCCUGAGGUGUUCUGCUGCCCCUCUCUCAAGUGUGGGGAGUCAUCGUGAGGCUUAGGGAAAAUCCUAGAGAAGGAUGCAGCUGGAAUUCUCUCUACCUGUCACUCUGCCACGGUCAGGCCUAGAACUUGCUUCCAUUUCAGGAAUGAGCUCUGUGCUGUAGCCCUGCAUGGAUCCCCUCCAUGUCCUUCACAUCUGGAUGUUAGCUCAACCUGUUCAGUCACUCCCUGACACAUAAAUACACACUAGGCACUGAGAAUACAGGAACGAAGAAGACUCACUGGAGAAGACAGGAAGCGAACAGCAGAUUGAUAAAGUCGGUCACCAAACACAGAAGGAGUGAGGGAGAGAGUGUGGACUGCUAAGAGAGGCCAGAAUGGUGACCGCAGGCAGGCUGGGGUGGGUGGGCAGGCAUCUCUGGCUGUGUGAAGCUAGGGCUGAACCAGUACUGAACUUGGGUCCUGGGAUCAAAGGUGCAAUAUUUACCUACAACAAGAAGAAAGACUUCGUGGUCUGAAACACAUUUCAGAUGGUGGCUCUGGUGACUGUGUCAGGAGGUGCUGAGGUCCUUGCUCUUCAGAGAAUUUUGAGCCCCACAGCAUCACACAUCUGUACAGUCUGGGGAUUGUGCUCUUAGAGCAAAUGGCUUCCUUUGACAUUUUCCUAAUGUUGGAUCUGAAGGACCACCACCAAAGAUCUGCUCGUCCCCAAAGGCAACCAGAGCCGAGAUUCGAUGCAAUCAGCAAGAGGUUUAUUGAUUCCGGAGCACCGGGGUUCCUCAGCCUUCAAGCAGGAGAAGGAGAAGAACCCUGUCCUACAGAUACAGGCUACUUUUAAGCACAAAAGCCACAAAAAAAACUCACAGGAAUGGGGGUGGGUACAUCGAGGCACACAAGGAUUGGUUGGAACCAUUUGCCCUUUAACUUCAUUGGUUCACGUCAUGGUCACAUUGUCUUUGAUGACUGGAGCAAUGCUGUGGUUUUGGGUGGUAGAAAGUCCCUGAUAGUCCUGCUGGUCAUGAGACUACCACCUGCUGGUCAUAGGACCACGAGGACAGGGUAUAACUAGGUCAUAAAACCACAAAUGGGUAACUGGUGGAAUUUCCUGACAGGGGAAUUUUUCUUAGGGGAGGGGUGUAGCUUGUGGAAUUUUCCUUUAGUUCUACACUAAUGCUUCUCAAUUCUAGGGAAUCCUUUGUGAAUUUUGAACAUUCUCCCUAAAUUUGCUUAACAAAGUAAUAUUCUUAAAGGCACAAACACUGCUUUGGAGGCUUUGAAGAAACCAGCAUGCAGAAGGCUGAGCCCUAAACCUUUGACGUGCUGAGCGUGCGCCCUGCCAAUGAGCUGCAUUGACCUUUUAUUUAGAGGCUGGAUCUCACUAAGUUGCCCAGGAUGGCUCUAUUUUUUUAUUAGUUUUUUAUUAGAAUAUAUUAAUUACACUUAAUGAUUGGUUUCAUGUGUUAUUUUCGUGCAUGUAUGAAUUUUGUGUAUGUGUGUGUGUGCAUGUAUGUAAGCCAAUGACUUUACUAAGGGUUUCAUCCAGGAACAUGGGUCAGAGACAAGUUACAGAGAAUGGGCACCUUCUAGUGGCUACACCACUGAAGGAACUGCCAUUAACCGCUUAUAAAUCAUCAGGACAGAAUGGUGGCAGUCCAAUCUUUUAUGAGUGAGCAUGGCAUCUGAGUGUUGAAUAAUAUGACUACAUUGCAGCUGAAGACAGCAGUCCACAACACUCCACCCCAUCCAUCAGCCAUCCUUCCUCCAUCCCAUGACAUUUCCCCAGCCAAUAGCCUAAGCUGGCUUUGAACUUACCCUGUAACUUGGGCAAGCUUUGAACUUGCUAUCCUCCUGCCUCAGCUUCCCAAGUCUCUGGAAUGAUAGUCCUGUACCACCACUUCUGAUUACGUUUUAGUGAAGAUCAAUAUUGUUUUCUUUUUUUUUCAAAAGUGCUACAACAAAAUAGUGAGAACCUCAGAUAAUCACUCAGUAAAUCAUAGUUUUAAAAGGUU